UGUUGUUCGUUUACAAUUUACAAGCGCAGCGUGUACCGGCCGGCCGCUCUCCGCUUUUAGUCGUCAUUCAGCCGUUCGCCUGGCUUCUCGUCACCAAAACGGUUCCCCAACGACAAGUAUGUGCAUAUCCUACGAUAACAAAACCACAGAUUCGCUUCUUGAUGUGUCCGUAGAGUGUUUCAGCCCCCAGCAGCAAUCCGUGCAAAGGUUACUCGUCCGGAGAUUGUACUUUACCGAUAACGCAUAGUGUCAUCCGCUUCAUCUUCAAAACUUUCUGUUGUUUCGGAGUUUAUUCCUUCAGUGCCGGUCACCUCAACUCUUCCUUCAGCUAUGUCGACCGGAAAGAGAAUCGCCAAGCGCUCGAUCAUCGGUACGCGCGUUUGUGCUCCGGGUGAGGACGGCAAGUACUAUUCCGGAGUGAUCCAAGCGGUCAAGACUCCGGCAAACGUGGAAUCGAACAGCAAUUGCCUGAAUCUGACGCCGAACACCCGGUAUACGGUUCGGUUCGAUUCGAGGCAAGGGAAUUUGGGUCGUACCACUGCGGAGUUUUUCGAAAAUGACCUUAUAGGACCUGGAUUUCAAUCGGUGCUAGGUACUGAGUUGGUGUGCCACCAAAAGUGUUUCGUCACCUUCAACGGAAGGGAGAUUUGCGGAGAAGUGAUGAAGCAUCACGUGGAAACCGACGAAGUGAUUAUAAGAAUUCACCCCAAUGGCAAGGAGGUACGUAAACAAAGCAAACUAACAUUCACGCCAAGAGAAAACGUCAGGUUGAAGUUAUAACACAAUUAUUGAGCAUACAAAAUUGGAACUAAAUACUCUAGAAACCAAAUCCUCUGUUGACCUGGGGUCCACAUGAACCACUUUGGGAAUCAUUGCUGUAAUUAUUAAAUUAAUUUUUAAUCCCAUACUCUAUAGUAUGGGAUUUAUUUACUUUAAAUGUACUUAGACCAUCAUGUUUUUCUAUUAAUCCUAAUCUCUUGAUUUUUUGAAGUAGAUGAUUUUAAAAGUGAGGUGUAGGUAAAAAUCCAAAAUUAAAGAUAAAGAGACAGACAGGUUACAAAUAAAGUGCAAAACUGUGUAUAAUGAUCUGUGUGAACUAGUUACAUAGCUGCCACAUUAUUGACCAAUAAAUAGUUACAUUUAA